UGUCAAUCCAAUCCAGUGGCACCCGACUGUUUUCACACGGGUGUUUUUAUUUUUAAUCCUCAAAAAUUUAUAAAAAUAUUAACAAAAAUUUUCUGGAAACUUAACAAAAUGCAUGCUAUAUUUAGAUCCACUGUUAAUUUACAGAAAAAAUUGUUCUUGAAACAAGGGGCUGCAUUGGUACAUUCCAGUUCUCAGAACAAUGCGAGAUGGCACCCGGACAGAGAAUAUUUCCAGUCGUUCAUGGGACCCGUUAUGUACCCAGAUGAAACAACUCAAAAUUGGGCCAUGCAACCUUGGUGCGGCGAUAAAGCCCCUAUUGAAAAACAGGUCAAAAAUGUAACUAUCAAUUUUGGACCACAACAUCCAGCUGCUCACGGAGUUUUGAGACUCGUUUUGGAACUCGAUGGAGAAAUUGUUAAAAGGUCAGAUCCUCAUAUUGGGCUUCUACAUCGUGGUACUGAAAAGUUGAUCGAGUACAAAACUUAUACUCAAGCUUUACCUUACUUUGAUAGAUUGGAUUAUGUAUCUAUGAUGUGUAAUGAGCAAUGCUACAGCUUGGCUAUUGAAAAAUUGCUCAAUAUUGACGUACCACUUAGGGCCAAAUAUAUCAGAGUUAUGUUUGCAGAAAUAACAAGAAUUUUGAAUCACAUAAUGGGUAUUUGUACUCAUGCUUUGGAUAUCGGUGCCCUAACUCCAUUCUUUUGGCUUUUCGAGGAACGUGAAAAAUUAAUGGAGUUCUACGAACGUGUUUCUGGAGCUAGAAUGCAUGCUGCCUAUGUGAGACCUGGAGGAGUCGCCCUUGAUUUGCCUUUAGGAUUAAUGGAUGAUAUUUACGAAUUUAUAUCGAAAUAUAAUGAGAGAUUGGAUGAAGUAGAAGAUUUACUGACAACUAACAGGCUGUGGGUUCAGAGAACAGAAGAUAUUGGCAUUGUCACUGCUGCUGAAGCUUUAAACUAUGGCUUCAGUGGUGUGAUGUUGAGAGGCUCAGGAAUCAAAUGGGACUUGAGAAAAUCUCAACCAUACGAUGCCUAUGAUUUAGUGGACUUUGAUGUGCCUAUUGGAACUAAAGGAGAUUGUUAUGACAGGUAUUUGUGCCGUUUAGAAGAAAUGCGUCAAUCUUUGAGAAUUAUUCAUCAGUGUUUGAAUCAAAUGCCUACAGGUGAAAUUAAGACGGACGAUGCUAAACUUACUCCACCUAGUAGAGCAGAAAUGAAGACAUCUAUGGAAGCUCUCAUUCACCACUUCAAGCUCUUUACUCAGGGUUACCAAGUGCCACCUGGCUCCACUUACACUGCAGUUGAGGCUCCUAAGGGAGAAUUUGGAGUCUAUCUUGUGUCUGAUGGUAGUUCAAAACCGUAUAGGUGUAAAAUCAAGGCUCCAGGAUUCGCCCAUUUGGCUGCACUUGAUAAAGUAGGUAAGAACCAUAUGUUGGCCGAUAUUGUGGCCAUCAUAGGAACCUUGGAUAUCGUAUUCGGUGAAGUGGAUCGAUAAAUGAGAUAGAAAUUAAUUAUAUUAAGAAAAAUCAUACUUUUCACUUAGAGAAAUUAAGGAAAUUUUGAUAAGUUAUUCAUUGUAAAUAGAUAAACUUUUUUUUGUUAAGUAAAAAAUAAAAACUUAAUUGGAUGCUAAAAACUCUUUAUUUCCACAAAACAAAAUACUUACAAACUCAUAACAUAAAUAACAAUGAAAAAAAAAUCGAAAAAACUACAUCUACUUGAAAAAAAUCAUAGAGAAAAAAUCUGGUUUGAGUAUACUUUGAUUAUUUUCAGCUAUUUUGUUGCCAUAACCAAAGACAAAGUUGAUAAUUUAAAGGAGCAGUCACUAAACUACUAUAAAUGAACGUUAUUCAUUUUCAUAAACAUCUUCAAAUACAAAAUCAUUUUGAUCAUCAAAGUCCUUAAGUUAUAAUAUGACAGUCUUCAUGUUUACAUUUUAAACUAACAAACUCUCACACCAGUGUACUGGGAAUAUUGUUUUUUUUGGACAAAACAGAACAUUAAACAGUACAAAAUUUAAAAUAUAUUUAGGACUCGUAAUAUUAUUGUCAAAAAUCGCCAAACAAAACUAUUUUUUCAUGAAAGCACUUUUACAAUCAAUGGUUUGACUAGAUACAUGUAAAUAUUUAUCAAGAUAAUAUGUAUUUAAAAAAUAUCUUUUAUUCUAGUUCACUAACAACAUCCAGUAAGUGUAAACGCCUUCCAAAACCUCUAAAAAUAUCAAAAUAGAGGAGUUGCCUUAAAAAUUUAGCGCGCAAAUUCCUAUAAUAUGUCAUACAACAUUUAUAUAAGUGUUCAGAAAUAUAUCACAGCAAUAACAUAAAUGCAGAAAAAAAAAUAGGACAAUCAAGAGAGUUUAAACUUCAAAAUGCUUAUAAAUAGCUGUAACGUAGGACAUCACUUGCUGCCAAUCAGGUCGUUCCAGCUGGAUCAUGUCGUUGAUA